AUGCCAGCGGGCACACGUCGAGCCUGGCAUCAGCACGGCCAGCGGAUGCUCUCCACGGUCCGCGCCAAAGAGAACAAUCGGACCUGUUUCAACUGCUUCCACAUCAAGACCGGAACGGUUAUAAUCGGAGUUGUGGAGCUCAUUUUUGUCGGCAUUUUCUUGACCGCACUGCUGAAACAAAUGUCGUUGAAGAACCGAGAGUUGAAAGCUUGUUUCGAACAGUAAGGAUUUUUGUGGAAUUUUGGAUUUUUAGAUGAAAAAUGACUUUGGAAGCCAAAACUUGGGGUUUUUCUAAAUUUUUAAAAUUUUUUGGAAAGUGUUUCUUCAUUUGAAAUUUUUGGCAUGUGGUGUUGUUGAAAUUUGGAUAUCGUAUUUUACCUUUUCAACAUGUUUCAAAGCUUUUUCUCCUUUUUUUAGUCGAUUUUCCACCAGAAAUGUGAUGGAUAAUAUAAAUUUGUUCUUCAAAUGUCUUUAAAUUUCCCAAAAACAACUUCAAAAUCUUUUUUAAAUAUAUUUUCACCGUAUUUUAACCAAUUCUUUACUUCUUCAGCCAUUUCCAGCUAAUAGAACAGAAUGCCAAAAAUGGCGGGAAUUUAAGCUUUUGAAUUUUAAAAUGGCUAAAAAUGAGGAAAUUGAGAAAAAUACAGUGUAUAGAGACCAUGUAGAGCAUGAAAAAAUUAGAAAUCGAUUAGAAAUUGAUGUUUUUGCAGAAAAUGGGAGACCUGUCUUCGAUUCCAUUUCUCACAUUCCAAUAUCACAUUGGCCGGUGACUAUGUGAUUGCUCUCUCUAUGAUCGCCAUUGGAAUUUGUGUAAGUCGUUUUUUUCACUCCUUGUGGCCUUUUUCGGCCAAAAAAAAUUUUUUAGUUUUAGUACUGUGCGGAAUAAAAGAAGUUUUAAAAAAUGCGUAAAACAGGAGAGUACUGUAACAAAAACAGAUUUAUAUUGCUCUUGAUACUUCUAAAAUGCCCUCAAAAAAUUUUAUGGCCAAAAUUUUUCACUACCUUGUAUUAUACGGCGAUUUGAGAAAUCUGCACUGUGCAGUCACAAUUCGAUUUGCAGGUGGCCAAAUUCUUUGGCAAUUAAAAAAUGGUCGCUUCAAAGUUUCAACAAAAAAAAUUCCAGGUAAUCUUGAUGUUCAUUGGGAUCUGCAACACCUCUCCGAAGCUUCUUUUGCCACAUCUGGCCAUCCAGAUGAUCGGCCUGCUGUGUUCCCUCGGUUAUUUCGGGGUCUAUGCGUGGUCUUACGUCUAUGGUGACGUCUACACUCAUAAGCGACAUUUUCAGGUAAAAUAUGACCACCAUACUCCUUUGAAGAAAAAGAUUUUUAUAUUAUUUUUGAUGACUAAUACAAAAAUAUCAAAGAGAUAUCUGAAAAAACUUUUUCAGUUCCGCCAACUGGUCGAGCGGAUGUGGUUUGCAACUAUGUUGUUGUUUGGGUCAAUUGUUCAAUGUUGCUACUUCAUAACAGUGCUGAAAUGCUCGUUGCAUCUUCAGGUGGGAUUUUGAUGACUUUGGAUCACUUUUGAGGUUUUUUUGAUCACUUUUGGCUGUUUUUGCUAUAGCUAAAAUUGUCAGGGAACAAAUUUCGAGGAAUUUCUUUUUGGAUCACUUUUGAGACAUUUGAAUCACUUUUUGAUACUUUUGGAUAACUUUUGACACAUUUGGAUAACAUUUGAAAUUUCGGGAACACUUUUGAGACAUUUGGGUCACUUUUGACACCUUGGGGACACUUUUGAUGCCUUUGGAUAACUUUUGAUACUUUUGGAUCAGUUUUGAUACCUUUGGAUACCUUUUGAUACUUUUGGAUACCUUUUGACACAUUUUGGUAACUUUUGAAACUUUGGGAAUUUGGACAUUUGGAUAAUUUUUGAUACAUUUAGACCGUUUUUUGAUGCCUUAGAAACACUUUUAAUACCUUUGGAUCACUUUUGACACCUUUGGAUACCUUUUGAUACUUUUGGAUACCUUUUGAUACUUUUUUAUAAAAAUUAAUUUUUAGCGAUUGGAAGCCCAAAAAUACCACAAAAUGAAGCAAUUUGAGGAAGUUUCGGAGCGAGUUCGUCGCGCCAAAGAGAACGGAAUGUGGCGAAAUACGAGUUGGGGCGGCGGUUUUGCCGAGGUAUUGUCCAUUGUUCAACUUUAAAAUCUCUCCAAUUUAGUACAAAGGCCAGAACGACGAAGAGACGGAGGAGAAAAAGAGGGAGCGAGUGGAACGCCGCAAGGAUCGAAAUGCCGUCAGAGUGCAGUGGAAUAUGGAGAAAAACAUGGAGAAAUCCAUUUCAUUGGGGGUGGAAGAAAAUCAGUCGAGCACUGUGAAUGAAGAGGAAGAGGAGGGGAAAAAAUUGGAGCCAAUCAAAGAGAAGGACGUCAAGAAGGAAGUGGAGAAAUCCGCGACUAAAGUAAGGGCAAUUUUUAGGGAGAAGUUGAAAAAAAAAUUUUUUUUUAAGUGGAAAAAGGAUCAGAGAGGUUGUAAAAGGCUUCGUCAUGCCAGAAUAAGCCCUUUAUACUAUUGAAACUUUAGCUUAAAACAAGGUUUUUUCGAAAAAAUGAAACAAUUUUUAUAAAAUUGAAGUAAAAUUGGGAAAAAUCGGAGAAAAUCGAUAAAAAAUCUUUGGAUACCACUGUCAAAAAUCUUCCUCAAAACAAUGCACACCAUCAGGACUGUAUAAAUUGUGAUUUUUUGCAAAAAAAUUUUUUUUUAAUUAUAGAAAUUAUAAAAAAACCUCAAAAACCCUACGUUUUCCAUAUAAAAAUCGCUUUUAUUUACCAAAAAAGGCAUUAAAUACCGUCUAAAAAUAUAUUUCCCCGAAUAAAUUAUAAAUUUUAGACCUCCACACCCCCUCAAUCAUCGCCAAAACAAACCGAUGGAACCCCCAAAACCCGGCCUCGCCGACUUUCCAAGGACGGGAAAGUUGUAUGGAAUAAGAGCUCAAGCCAAGACUCGGCAGUGUCCAAUAUUCCUAUACCAAUGAUUCCGGUGGUGGAGUCCAAAGCUCCGCCGCCGCCUCAACGGAGCGUCAAAAAGUGAGGAUUUUGGGCGUUUUUGCAAGAAAACUUCUAAAAAAUUUUUUUCUAAUUUCAUGCGAUUCUGGAUUACUUUUGAUACUUUUUGAUACCUUCUUGAUCACUUUUAAUACUUUUGGAACCCUUUUGAUACUUUUCGACCACCUUAGAUACCUUUGGAUCACUUUUGAUACUUUUUGUCACCUUCUUGAUCAUUCUUAAUACUUUUGGAUCACUUUUGAUACUUUUGGAUCACCUUAGAUACCUUUGGAUCACUUUUGAUAUUUUUUGAUACCUUCUUGAUCACUUUUAAUACUUUUGGAACACUUUUGAUACUUUUGGAUCACCUUAGAUACCUUUGGAUCACUUUUGAUACUUUUUGAUACCUUUUGGAUAAGUUUUUAUACCGUUGUAUCACUUUUAAUACCUUUUGGAUCACUUAUGUCACAUUUGGAUAACUUUUGAUACGUUUGGCUCGCUUUUGAGACGUUUAGAUCACUUUUGCAACCCUUUGGAUCACUUUUGCAACCUUUUGGAUCACUUUUGACACUUUUGCUAAAGCUUUGGAAGUUACCAUUUAUUGACUCCCAUUUUUCAGAGAAAAGUCCUCCGACCCCCUACUAGGCGUAGGGCUUUUUGGUUCUCACUCUUCCCUUCAACGCUUCCACAAAGAUUCCACCCAUCCAGACCAUCACCGUCAUCGGAACAACCCCUCUCCGCCCUCGCCGAUCCGCCGAACCUCCGUGGAUUCGUUGGGCGUGCCGCUGAGGCCGGGCCAGCGUCCCCAACCCAAGCACAUUCCGCCCACCUCCAUUGCCAGCGUGAACAUGCAGACCGUCUCGACGUCGCCAUUAAGUGGACGAAAGUAUUACGGAGAGCCGGAUAAAAGGGUCCGGAGGCUGACGAAUGAAAUGGAAACUUCCAGCAGCAGUAAGAAUGGUAAGGUUUACUAUUGGUAACUUUCAGUCUUAUUAUGCUCUUUGGAUUCUAGAAAAUUAGAAGAGGAGUACUAUCAGUCUUCCGAUAAAAUCCUCGUCAUUCCUCUCCUUUGACGCCCAUUACACUCCUUUGACUAGUUUUUAUAACACUUCACAGCCAUUCUGCUGCCUUGGCUAGCCGAUUCCAGGUCCCCCAAAUGAAACACUGAAAAUAAACUCGAAAUCUCCCCCAAAUUGAAGUAUGGCACAAAAAAUUUCGAAAGCAUAGGUUUGAUGCGUAGAACGCAUCUUUUUCGCCGCGAUCACUCCAUUUCUCACCGUCUGACAUCGCGUUUAAAGCGUGCUAUAUCCAAAUUAAUACAGGGUGGGGCACGUCAAACUGAGAUAAGCUAAAACAGUCCGGUGAAUGGAUUGGCCAUUUGCCAAAAAAAGACGCGAAAAAACGUUUUGUCGGGGAAGAAAUGGGGAAUUUUUGGGGCGAGAGAGUACGUUUUUACGUGUCUUUUUUCUCUCUUUCUCUGCGAAAUCAAGACGAAGUGUAAAAAACCGAUAGCGAAGGAUCUAUUCCGGUCACCGGACUCCUCAGUUUGACGUGUGGGGUAUCUUUGCGGUCCGAUUUGAACUGGCUACAACUUCUUUGUUUGGCCAAAUUUAGAAGUUCUAUUAUGUUUCGGCACACGUAUUUUACCUUCGUAUAUGUCCUGUAGAAUACUUGAUUUUUUCUAUACUGAUGGUGCACAUUUAUGGCCCGUAUUUUACCCACAUUUAACCUUCAAAACUCUUCCAAUUCAGGCUCCCACCCCCGCCAGCACUACCCUCCGCCCGUGCCCAUGGUGAAGAAGAUCUCGAUUACCGCCAAAAGCUCGCCGUUCCAGCCCACCACCAACUUCCCCGUGUGA